AGGAGUCUGGAGUGCGCACUGGGGCGGCCGCGGGGUGUGCCGGGCCCGCUGUUGUUCGGCGCUUCGCUGUUCGCGCCUGCGGGUUGCUAGGCGUCGGGACGCUAGUCGGAUGCCCACGGGCUAUGGAGCAGCUAAAGAGAAAAACCAAAGAUGACACUUGGAAAGCAGACGACCUGAGAAGACACCUUUGGAACACACCAUCAGGUGGUCCCACGGAGGAGAAGCACAGGGAAUGGAAGCUGUCCAAGGAGUCAGGAGCGGACUCCCCCGAGUGCAGUGAGCACAAGCCCCAGGAGAGGACGGCUGGACAGGAAGGCCAUGGUGCCAGGGAGCAGGCUCGUGGCGAGCGGCACAGGGACAAGCAACGGGAGAGGAGAAAGGACACCUGCGAGUGGGGCAGAGAGAAGCUGAGAGAGAAGUCCCGGGAGCAGGAUGCAGAAAAGCCCCGGAGCCGAGGAAAAGACAGGGACAGAGGCAAGGAGCCCCGGGCCCAGAGGGCGGAGCUCCGGCAGACGGCUGCCCCCCACAGCCUGCGGGGCCCGCAGCUCCUGGAGAGAGCGGAGCACAGGGUGCGGUCAGUUAGUAAAGUACAAACUGAAGAGAAUGAGAACGUAGAGGAAGACUCCAAAAGAGGAGACAGAGAGAGAGAACGGAGAUACCGGGAGAGGAAGCUGCAGUACGGUGACAGUAAAGACAACCCUCUUAAGUACUGGCUUUAUAAGGAAGAAGGUGAGAGAAGACAUAGGAAGCAGAAAGAGCCAGAUCGAGAAAGGAAGCAUCAAGAAAAAAGCGGCACAAGGGAAAGAAGAGAAAAGUAUCCAAAAGAAAAAAGCAGUUCAUUUCCUGACAAGGAAGUGGCAGAGCGGAGUAGAGAGAAACGCCGUAAGGAAGGCUUCCACUUGGAUGAUGAGAAGCACCAGGGCCACAUGGACAGAAGAGACAGGCCCUUGGGAGAGGAGCACAGGACAGGGGAGCCCAAGGUGGAAGUGAAGCAAAGGUCAGGCCCUCGGGGACAGAGACUGGCACCUCUGACUGGCUGGUGCUCGUCCGGGGAGAACGGUGAUCACAGGAAUCAAGGAGCAAGUUCUGGGAGAGAUGGGAACAGCAGCCAGCAUGCAGAGAGGUUAGUAAGGACUAAUGGAAAAGAUAAGGACUCAAGAAGGAAGACCACAGGUGGUGACGCUGAGGCUGGAAGUGGAUCAGCGAUGAGCCAGGAAAUUGAAAAGGACAACAUUAAUUUAGAAAAUGCUGUAGCUGAUGGAUAUACAGCUAGUUUUGAAGAUGAUUUUGAAGACUAUGAAGAUGACUUUGAGGUUUGUGAUGGAGAGGAUGACGAUAGUGCUAAUGAGCCAGAACCAAAAGAAAAAAUAGAAGAACUUCCUCCAGCCAGAAAAAAGGAGAUACAAGAAAUUCAAAAAGCCAUUAAUGCAGAAAAUGAGAGGAUUGGAGAGUUGUCAUUCAAGCUGUUUCAGAAGCAAGGUCUGAUGGCAGGUGCAAGGGAAUUCGAUGCAAGCAGUUCCCCUUCCAGAGCCCCUGUUUGUGGAAUUUUUGUGGAUUUUGCAACAGCCUCACACCGUCAAAAGAGUCGGACUCAGGCCCUGAAGCAAAAGACGCGCAGUCUGAAACUGCUUCGGCUCAUUGACUUAGACUUUUCUGUCACUUUCUCUCUCUUGGACUUGCUGCCAGUAAACGAAUAUGACAUGUACAUCAGAAACUUUGGGAAAAAAAAUACCGAGCAGGCGUAUGUUCAGUGUAAUGAAGAUAACGUUGAGAGAGACAUUCAGACCGAAGAGGUCGAAGCCCAGGAGGUGUGGACCCAGCACCCGGGAGAAGGCGCUGCCGUGUCUGGGGGGGCUGAGGAUGGCGCCGUGUCUGACACUGUGGCUGCACCCAAGAUUGACACACCAAGGCUGUCCAGCUUCCUCCGGGCGGCCUGCCAGGUGACUGCAGUUCUGCUGGGAGAAGACCAUGUGGUGGCCGAGCCCCGCUGGAGCCCCGGAGCGCAGGGCAGCGUGCGGCCUCUCAGCGACAGCGCCUUGCUGCUGGACACCAGCCUGCCGUUCCUCCAGAAUCGAGAAGUGUCUCUUCUGCAUGCCUCUCAGGUGCAGAGACAGAUAGUGGUGUCUGUCCAUGGUCGGCCUGGGAAGGCCUUCAACCCUGCGCUGGACGGCAGAUAUGUGCUCUGCGUGUGGGAUAUCUGGCAGCCUUCAGGGCCUCAGAAGGUCCUGAUAUGUGAGUCAAAGGUCACAUGUUGUUGCUUUAGCCCUUUUAAGGCCUUUUUGCUGUUUGCUGGAACAGCCCAUGGCUCAGUGGUCGUGUGGGACCUACGGGAAGACUCCCGGAUACAUUGUUAUGUGAAGCUGAGCGACUGCUUCUGGACAUUCAGGAUGCCGACAUUUUCCACCGAUGGGACCCUCACUCCAGCCAGCCACUGCAGUGCUCUUCAGGCCAUGGAGCCCAUCUCCACAGCCGCCCGUAAGAAGCAGAGUUUUGCGCUCUCACCCAUUUCUACUCAGGAGGAAAUGUCGGGGUUGUCGUUCCACAUCGCCUCCUUGGAUGAAAGUGGGGUUCUCAAUAUGUGGGUGGUGCUUGAAUUAUCGAAGCCAGAUAUUGCAGGUUCAAUAAGUGAUUUAGGUUUACUGCCAGGGGGGAGGAUAAAAUUGGCACACAGUGCUGUGAUCCAGCUGAGUGGCAGCCUUUCCCAUGAAGAUGAUGAAUUUUGGGGGACCACACAAACACUGAAUGUUAAAUUCCUGCCUUCAGAUCCUAAUCACUUUAUUGUUGGCACAGAUGUGGGCCUUGUAAGGCAUGGCACCAGACAGGGUCCGAGAGUGUCUCCCAGACUGUUUGCACCCCAGCAGCGUGGUAUCAGACCAGUGAAGGUGAAUGUGAUUGACUUUUCACCAUUUGGAGAACCAGUAUUCCUGGCCGGCUGUUCUGAUGGGAGCAUCCGGCUGCACCAGCUGACGUCCGAGCGCCCGGUCAUGCAGUGGGACGGCAGCACCGGCGGCCAUGCCAUCACAGGCCUGCAGUGGUCCUUGACGCGGCCGGCUGUGUUUCUGGUCCAGGAUGAUGCAUCCUGUGUCUACAUAUGGGACCUUCUGGAAAGUGACUUGGGUCCUGUAGCCAAAGAGCUCAUCUCUCCAGACAAAAGGCAGAUGGUUUGGGACACUCAGAAUCACAGCGUGCACCUCUCACUUGCAGGGUGGUGGCCAUGACCGUAAUGGGAGAGGCAGAGAGGACCAGAGGCAGCUUCCUGGCCCUGGUGCUGGCCAGAGCCUCUGGCAGCGUGGACGUGCAGCACCUGAGGAAGGCGUGGGUGACCCCGGUGGGAGACGAGCAGAGGAGGCUGCGGCUGCUUCUGCAGGAAGCCGGGUAGGAAGGGGGCCACAGACUGCUGGUGCCGUUGUGAGGAUGGUGCUGCGCAGGACCCAGCGAGGACAUGAGGGUGUGUGCUCCUACGUCUGUGUGCACAUGUGUCAUGUGGAUGGAGGACGUGUAUACUGUACAUCAUUUAUUUUACAAGAAUGUUACCCAGUAAAUAAAUCACUAUUUUUGAAUGGAAAAA